GACGAGGAAAAAAAGAGGAGUGCUCGCGACCUGUUGCUCAAAGUUUUGGAUGACAUGAGCGGCAGUGCAGAUGCCAGCACAGAGGAUCCCCCAGAGAAGAGGACCCGAACAGGAUCACUGCUGGAUAUGUAUGACGAAAUUCUGGAGGAGAAUGUCAUGUUUGAGGAGCAAGACAAGACCGCGUCAGCGUCACAGGUCAUCUCAUACCUGGCCGAACCCACAAUUCCCAGGAACCACAGUCCAUUGGAGUACUGGAAGUGCAACCAGGCCCGUUUCCCUGCCCUCGCUCUUGCUGCACGCAAGUACCUGUGUGCGCCUUGCACAAGCGUUGACAGUGAACGGCUUUUUAGCGUUGCCUCUGAUGUGAUGGAUGAAAAGAGAAAUCGAAUGGACGGUGAAAAGGCAGAGAUGCUCAUUUUUCUUAAGAAAAACCUACCUCUGGUAUUAAAAAAACAGAAGCCUACCGGUCAGCCGAAGUUGUCACCCUAGUUAGUUGGACUGAAAAGGUUUGCACCACUCAAGUUCAAGUAAAGGAUAAGAUGUCCUUGUAUUUUUAUUUUAUUUUUUGUGGCUCACAAGAUAAUAUGUGGAGCUUGGUUUUAAGUUUGAUUAUACUUUAAAGUGGGUCCUCAGGACUGAAGUGGAGGUCUGGACUACAGCUGCUUGUUUUGUGCACUUGAAGUGUUUUCUGUAAGUUUCAGUACAAUGUCAUGUUAACCACUAUGUUGGGGGAGCAUUUGGUAGACCUGUUCCAGUAGGAAAAGAUGUAAAAAAAUAUUUGAAAAUUUAUUUGUAUUUAUUUUACUUUGAACUAAGGACUGAAGUUUCAAAGUCUAAACUUAAAAAUAAAAUGUUGCACUGGCAUAUCAUUUAUUCUCCAAGUGAAAUAAUUGACCUGUUUUUCAGGUGUGAAUGUCUGUCUACAUUUGUAAAAUAAUACAUUUAUGGUAGAAUCAGUACAGAAGAGAUACAUGGAUUUCUCUUCAGUAAAAUUAAAGUUUAAAUAUAUCAGGCGAAAAAUUUGUAUAUAUAUCGGUAUCGGUAUCGGCAUCGGCCAAAAUUAUUUUGAAAAUAUCGGCAUAUCAAAUAUCGGCCAAAAUCCAAUAUCGUGCA